GAAAAUUUCCUAUGAGAAACAUUAGUAUAACGUCCGGUUGAUAUAAUCUAAGUUGAAGAUUGUGCACAUGAGAAACGUCUUCAGAUGUAUCUCAUAAGAAACAUUUGAUGAACAAAUGUCAAAGCUUUAAAAGUUGUUCUUCUUCAUGACACUCCUCAUCAAAAAUAGAACAUCAAAAAAUUAUUCAUAAUUCAUCAAGUGGCCUAAUACGGAGAUUAACAUACAACGUGGAGCUCCAUAAAGUAUAUUAGCAUUCUUUUAUACUCAAAGUACCAUGGAGCUCCAUAAAGUAUAUUAGCAUUCUUUUAUACUCAACGUGGAGCUCCAUAAAGUAUAUUAGCAUUUUUUCAUACUCAAGAGCCCGAUAGCCUAGCACGCAGUGUUAGGAAGCAACCGUCGUUUAUCGUUCACAUGGAUCAAGAUCUAUCAGAGUGGUUCACAGAGUCAAUAUGAAUCUGUAUUUGAUGACAAAAAAAAAAGUACCAUGGUGCCAAGUUCCAUUAUAGGUUUUGAAUAAUUUUUUUUUUUGUAACUGUAGGUUUUGAUAAUUAUUUUAAGGUCUAGCAACCUAUCUAUAUUCUAAGAAGUGGUAAUUUUUUAAAUGCUGCUAUAGAACUUCAGUUUCGGUUAAAACCUAUAAUUGGAGUAAUGGACAAGUCUAAACAUACCAGAAUUGAAUCACUAAUUAAUUCACAUACCAAAUAUAGUUGGAGAGUACAUAAAAUCUACUAUGCUGAAUUAGUGUUAAUAAAAUCGAAUAUAAAGUGGCCUUGCUAUGUAGUAAUUGGGUUUAUGGUCUUAUAUGGCAAUAUAAUAUACUUGAUUUCCACUAAGAACAUCUUAUUUAUUCGAUUGAUUUCAAUUUGAUAUUUUCACAUGUUUGCUACCUUUCAUAAUCCCACUAUAUAAUAGGGACUAAUUUUGGAGCUUCUAAAGUGUGCCACCUAGGCAAAAUAUUCCAGACCAAUCGUUCUGCCACGUCACUGCCAACCCAUACCAAGAAAUCGUUAAUUCAGUCCAGCUUGUUAACCGGUUUCGUUUGCGAAAAUCGUUAAUUUAGUCCAGCCCGUUAACCGGUUUCGUUUGCGAGAUUGCUGUGUCCGUCUUUUUGCUGUUGGGCCAGAUCAAAAAAAUUUCCCAGCCCAUCCCAUUACCCGUUAACGAAGGCUUAAGCACUCUCAUCCUCGCAGUUAACCCUAACGCCGUCUCCCCCAUUUCUCUUACGCGCAUGGCGAUUCUCUUCGUCUCCCCCAAAUCUCCCCGCAAAACGCCUCCGAUGAAAAGGCUUGAACUUCAAUGUUCUCCAUUAAAGCCUCCAAUCAAUAUCAUGACGGGCUUUCCACAUCCCCUCUGCCUUAAAUCUAUCUUCCUAUUUAUACUGAUCUCCCUUACCUCAGAUCAUCCAUUCAAAUCUCUUACCUCAGAUCGUUAGCUCUAUACCCUAAUCAUGUCGAAAGAGACCGCAAUCCGCACCGGUGAAUCUUCUCCUCCCCUCCUCUUCCGACAAGUUUCACCCGGACCCGGCGAUUCGACCCUGCAGUUUCGUCUUCUUCAUUUCUGGGAUGCUCGGAAGAAUGUCAAAGGAGGACCAGGGAUCCUUCUUGGGAUCGAGAUGCUGAUGAUUGAUGCGGAGGGUACUUUGGCUCAGGGGUUCAUCGGUCAGAACCGUCGCAACCAGUAUGAGAAAGAGCUCCAGCGUGGGAGCAUGUACACGCUGACAAACUACUAUGCAUCCAACAACAAGGUGAUGUACCAUGUUGCUGAUCAGAGGCUGGUCAUUUGCAUCUCACACGCUUCUGCCCUGUCGAAGGAUGAAAAAGACAUUGAAGGCAUCUUGAGACAGCGGUUCAGGGUCCGUUCCUUCACAGAAUUUGAAGCCAACUGCGAUCUCAGAGGCGAUCUUCACGAUGUGGUUGGCCACCUUAAGCUGGUUGAUGGCCAGGCUCUCCAUGAGCGUCCGGUUUUGUGCACCAAUGAUGACUCAGCUUCUCGGAAAGUGAUGGUCCAUCUGCAGCUUAAAGACGGUCCAGUGAUGAACGUCUAUCUAUGGGAUGAGGCUGCUGAAAGUUUCCGCCUCAAGUUUGACGGAAGUGCAGUCACUCCAACUGUUCUAUUGGUCACAACGGUGAAUCCUAAGAGGCUCGGUGGGAAAUUGUGCCUAAGUUCAAUGUCCUCUUCAAGAGUGUUUUUGGAUGAAGAGGUUGACCCCACGAAGGAAUACUUGGCGUGGUUGGCCACGAACCCUUCUAUAACUUCUUUGGUCAACCCUGUUGAGGUUGUCAAAGCUGAGACUCUCACCAUAGGUGAGAUUGCCGCCUUCCUCAAGCAUCAGCCUGCUCAGGUUGCCUACUUUGACUGCAUUGCCACAAUUGAUGAUGUCAAGCUUGGCACUGAGUGGUACUACAUUGCUUGCAAAGAUUGCCAGACCAAGUUAAACCGUGGGCCUACAACAUUGGUUUGUCCAAAAUGCAGGAAUGAAGAUGCUACUGCAGUAGCCAACUAUCGGGUGGAGCUGUCUGUCUAUGAUAAUGAUGAGCAAUGCACGUUCAUCAUUCUUGGAGAUGCUGGGAAGGAUCUCACAGGCAGGAAAGCAACAGAGUUGAUCGACGCUUAUGUUCAGGAAAAUGGUGGAGUUGCGGCUGAGCUUGAAGUUCCCGUUCCACAGUGUUUCAUUGAUACAAUAGGCCUGACAAAGAAAUUCAGGAUCAAGGUGACUGACUACAACUUCACUUCUACCAAACUGUCCUUCACAGCUACCAAGAUAGUCUCCGCAGCAGAGUUACCACCAAAGAAUCCCCCACUCCAGACGCCACCAAUAACUGAAUGGAGAACACAGAGUUGGCUGAGAGUAGUGGUGGUGGUCCUUCAGCUAUUGACGACCAGAAGGAAGCAAAGCGUACCAAGCGUAGUGGCUAGAUCACAUGCAGAACUGUUACUCCAUCAGUGGCUGGUACAGACUGCCCAGUCAGGAUGAUUCUCUAAUAACAGUCUACUUAUCUCUCUUUAAACAGUUUGUUUUUGCUUCUUGCUGAGACAGUUUAGUAUUGGAGUUGGUUUGGUUUUCUUAUUUGAGUUGUUUGGAUUUUAUUUCACAGCUUCGUUAUGAAGUUUAAGAAUGAUCAACAUUAUCAUAUUAAAGUGGUUUGAUUUUCAUUCCUAACUUAUUUAAGUUGUUUGGUCAGCAUGCAUUUUUCAUACGUAUACGUUCUUAAGAACCUAAUGCAUGCAUGGAUCAUGGAUUGUUUAAUGCCCAUACUCAAUUGUUAUAUUAUUCUUCUACGUGAUCUACAUUUUAAUCUAAUUAGGACAACUGUAAUAUUAGCUGUCAUUUCAUAUACGUAUGGUCAUAUUUUGAAUGUCAGUUAUGAGUCAAAUAGUAUCUAUUGCAUUUAUUAAGAAUUAAAUUUAAUAUAUUCUGCCAUUAAGUUAAAUGAAUGUCGACAUUUAACAUAUUAGAUGUAAAAUAACAUCAACUAUUCUAAUCUCAAAAACACAAGUCCAUCUCCCCUUACUUUGCAAAAAUUGACGACCCACUAAUCAGAUUCAUUUCUAUCAAACCGUGGAAGUUCUUUCUUUUCAAAAAGUAAUCCGUGUAAGUGAUUUUUUUUAAAGAGGAGAUGAUUAGAAAGUGCAAAGAUUAUUUGUCUUGAUAUUCUUCUUUUUGUUAAAGGAACAGUUCUCCCUCAACACCAUGGGCAAAACAACCUCCAAAGAUCCUCCACUUCUAGGAGGUAUUUUGAAUUUAUAAAUUCAUUUUUGAAUUAAGACCUUAUUAUUAUUGAUAUAUUUAUUUAAUACUUUAAUCCAAAUCUCUAAUAAUAACCAAUAUAAACAUUAUUAGUAUUGAAAAAACAGUUUAAAGAGAUUAAAGGAUUUUCUUUACAGCAUAUAGGUCUCGAGGCUAGCUAGAUUUUGUUAAAUAAAAUGUAUUAUUGUUACGGUAUAAUAUAGAGGUUGAAACAAAUGGUGUAUUAUUGUUACUGUUGCUAUAUCAUUUUUACCUUUUAAACAUUAACAAACGUUAUUAAUUCCUACUUAAGCUUCAAGAUAGUCUGUCUGUUUUCAAAUUGACAACAAUUGUUUUAAAAAAUUUUCUUUAAAAUGAUAUUUUUACAAGUCUCCAUGAAAUGAUGUUACGGUGUAACUCAUAAUAAAGGCUUUGUAUUUUUAUAUAUAAUUGAGUGUAUCAUGAUAUAAAUGCGAAUGGUUAUCACCUUUUGCCCAAACGUCAAUAAACUUUUCCACCAAAUAAUCUUUGAAUUUAGAUCUAAGAUGUAAAUAUUUACUCUGUUUAUACCAAGAUGUAAAUAUUCCCAAAUAAUCUUCGAAUGGUUUAAUCAGCUCGAAGUUGUUUUAGUGUAUUGAUUUUUGGUAGAUGUAUUAUUAUAAAAACGUGUUGUUCGAGUAAAAAAUAUUGUCUUACAGAACAAAAUAUAGCAGAGUUAUUUUGCUAAUUUCGUAGUCUUUAAAAAUAAACAAUAAUGAAGGUGAUGUCUUGAAGUGAAAUAUUUAAAAAGUAAAUAACUAAAUAUUUUCAGACUGACAACAGAAAUCCUACAACAAAAAAUUUUAUUUAUUUUUUUCAUUUUCAAAAUAACACAUCAUCAGAACUUAUUAUUC